AUGGCUGUCCGGCUGCAUAAUUGUGCGUCAUAUCUGCAGCUGCAGAUGUGGGUAAGUUCGCUUACAAACCGUUCUAAAUCGGAAAUAAUUCACAGAGAGCAACCAUCGACAUGUUACUUUUUCUCCCAACGUUUCCAAAAGCGGCAUAAGAUCCUGAUAUACGACAAUAAGCCUUUUUUUGCUCUUUUUAGCAUCCUUUCCGCGUGCCUAAGCUCUUGGUUAGAGUUGGAAGUGGGGAUAAAGAACAUGUAUAGUAUGCACGAUGCACUCGACUUUCUUCACCUCUUGAAUUUCUCAGCAAUCAUGAAUCCCAUUGAAUUGGAGCGCAUUGAGCGUCGAGAAUCACAAUCUCCGGCCGUGAGAAUCGACUCUAAGGAGCAAUUUGCGAAGAAGACCCAGGUAGAGGUAGUUUUCACAGACGACUCGGAUCGUCCAGACUCGUUUGAAAUCACCUCCGAGAGGGAAACGAACCGAGAGACAGAAACCGAGCCGGAGUCGACUACACAGAAACUCAUGAGCAUCAGAAACCCCUCAAAAAACAUAUACCGGCUGUUGGCGGCGUGUCUUUUUGGUUUCCAGCUAGGGUUCUCAGAUGGUGCACCUGGUGCUCUGCUUCCCCAUAUUGAAAGCUGGUACAAUAUCGGAUACGCUGUUGUGUCUAUCAUCUGGUUGGGAAACUCACUGGGCUUCAUCACAGUGGCUCUGGGCUCGUACUGGAUCAAUGAAAAGGUGGGCAGGUACUUGAUGCUGACUUUGAGCCCUGUUUUCAUUCUGGCCAUGACCACAAUCAUCUCUCCAGCUCCCCCUUACCCGCUAGUUGUGAUCGCCUACUACAUUGGUGGACUGGGAGUGGCUGCGGGUCUUGCUCAACAAAACAUCUUUGUUUCUUCGAUGGAUAAGGGCCAUACUUAUCUUGGUUUCCUACAUGGAGCAUACGGAGCAGGGGCUACAGUUGCUCCUCUGAUUGCCACGGCCAUGAUCUCCGCUAAUGUUCAGUGGAGCUUCUUCUUUCUGAUUCUCGUUGGCCUGUCGUGUUGCUCUACAAUGUGUAUUGGAUGGAGCUGGAUCGGAUACAAGCAAGACAUGGCGGGUUUUGAAGGUGAAGAAGGCGACGCCGCAGUUGCGGCUCCUGUCGAAGGAGAAGAGAGUCUGGUGCGACUGUCACUCCGAAACAAAGUCACAUGGCUCUUGGCUCUGUUCACAAUGGCGUACCAAGGAACCGAGGUGGCGAUUGGUGGAUGGGUCGUCACCUAUCUGAUUGAUUACCGAGGUGGAAACCCCGACCAAGUUGGAUACGUUGCAGCCGGAUUUUGGGCUGGUCUAACACUAGGUCGUUUUGUUCUCGUGGCUCCUUGCCAGAGAUGGGGUCCUAAACGGUCUGUAGUCAUUCUCACAAUCUUCCUGAUUGUACUCAUCAUUCUCACCUGGCUGAUUCCAUCCAUUAUCGGAGCUGCAGUUUGUGUCUCCUUUGCAGGUUUUGUCAUGGGACCUUCUUACCCGCUGCUAAUCACUGUAGCUACAGUUCUGGUUCCGCGAAAGAUUCAGGUCAUCAGUAUCACCGUCAUGACAGCGUUUGGAUCGACUGGAGGUGCCCUAUUCCCCUUCUUUGUCGGUAUCACAGCUCAGUCUCGAGGUUCUUUCGUCGUCUAUCCCUUCUGCCUCGCUCUUUGUGGUCUCAUGAUGGCCACCUGGUUGCCUCUUCCCAGAACCUACCAGAGAGGUACCCACGGACAGUAA